GAAAAAAGAUUUUUAGAAAAAAUGAAGAAAGUCGGUAUAAUUGGUGGUGGUGCAGCUGGUAUUUGCGCAGCAAAGAAAUGUUUAAACAAAGGAUAUGAAGUAGCAAUAUUCGAACAAACGAACAAUAUUGGUGGUACCUGGUUUUAUACUCCUGAAGUCAAUGUUCAUUCAAGUAUGUAUGAGGGACUAAGAACAAAUCUUCCCAAAGAAAUUAUGGCGUUCUCAGAUUUGCCAUUUCCCGACCAUUUACCAUCAUUUAUUUCUCACAAAGAUGUUCUUAAUUAUUUGGCGGUAUACUCUAAAGAUUUCUUGCAUAUUUUCAAGUUUGGAUGUCGUGUAACAAAAAUUGAAUAUUACGAUGGUCCCACAUGGAGAAUUCAUUUUUCAUCGAAUGGUCAUGUUGAAUAUUACGAUUGUCAUAUCGUAUUUGUUUGUAAUGGUCACUAUUCUUUGCCAUAUAUUCCUGAUAUUCCUGGUCAUUUUAAUGGUAUCAUUUCUCAUAGCCAUAAUUAUCGCAACCCAAACGUGUAUGCCAACUGUAAUGUCGCUGUUGUUGGAAAUGGAGCAUCUGGAACUGAUAUCGCUUUGGAACUUUCACGUGUAGCGAAAAAGGUUUACUUACUUUAUUCGGAAGAAAAGAUCUCUGCAGGAUUACCGUCGAAUAUCGUUCAAUUACCGAAAAUAAAAGAAUUUCAAGGCAAUAAACUCUUACUUAUUGAUAGUUCAUUAAUCGAAGUCAAUAUUGUGUUAUUUUGUACUGGUUAUCUUUAUAAUUUUCCAUUUCUUAAUGGUUUAAUUCAACUAAAAAACGACUACACGAUGGUUUCUCCGACAUUCCUGCAUGUCGCGCAUGUCAACUUUCCGGAUUCAUUUUUUUUUAUUGGUCUCAAUUUUGUUGUAAUUCCAUUUAUUUUAUUUGAAAAGCAAGUUGAUUUCGCGCUUGCUUCUAUUGAAGGCGCUUUAUCAGAGACUUCUUUUGAUGAAAUCAAAAAUUGGGAAGAGAAUUAUCUAAGGUUUUUCUUUAAACUUUUAAAUUUAAAAUUUGAAAUUUAUUCUUUUAAAAUUAUUUACAAAAUUCAAUUUGAUUCCACUUUUUUUUUUAUAAACGGCUCAAUCAGGAAUAAUGAAAAAAUAUAUGUGUGA